AUGUACAAACUACUAAGCAUUAUAGUGAGAACAAGGUUGAUACCAUCUUUAGAGCUGUCAGGUAACUCCUUGCAAGAUUGCUUCCCCAAACGACAUUUCUGCAAAAAUGAGACACCAAAUACAAUGCCUGUGAAUACAUUAAAGAUUGUUAUCUAUAGAGCUGAAGAAGCUAAGCUUAUCACUCAGUUGGCAGAGAUGGAUGCUAUAAAUUUUAGGCUUUUUAAGCAAGCAUACAGUGCCUCUUUAGAUGUAAGCAAGUUCUUGGGCAAGUAUGAGAUGUCCAAACUCCUUAGGGGGCCAUAUGACAUCGAGGGAGCAUGCGUUAUAAUUAAAGCUGGAAUUUCAGGCUUCUAUCCUGAGAUAUGGGCAGAACAGAUACUGCAAAUGUACAUAAAAUGGGCUGAAAAGCAAGGCCUUGGAGGAAGGAUAGUUGAAAAAUAUCUUUCAAAGAAUGGUGGUGUCAAGUCUGCAACUAUCGAGUUUGAAUCCAAGUAUGCCUAUGGCUAUCUGUCAGGGGAAAGAGGUGUUCACUCUAUGAUAAGCGGUUCCCAAAAUACAUCUGUUUCUGAUGAGGUAUGAAUUCCUGUCUCUUUU